AUGCCCGACCAAGGAACCGUCUUGCAGUCUCGAGUGGUCCGGCGUCGAAAUCCACGACCGAUUAAUUCGUGCGUCGAGUGUCGCACGCGCAAGAGUAGGUGUUCGAAAACGCAUCCGUGCCAGAAUUGCACGGCGUUUGGACGAGAAUGCAUCUUCAUCACCGUCCCUGAGAGCGCGGCGCGCAAGAAAGAGAGGGAGCAGCGCGAACGCGCGUCAAGUAAGAGUGGCGGCGGGAGUGGUGUUACGAUUCCGGAUUGGACCAAGAACCUGCCGGUGCGUACGCAGAGUAGCACGAGCGUGGUGGACAAGUUUGAGAGCUCCAAUUCAGUAGAUUUGACGACUACGCCGGGGACGCCGCCUAGAGAUUACGAUUGGGAGGCGUACCAGCAGGAUGUUGAGCCCGAGGGUGAUGCAUGGGAGAGGUUGCCGGCUGAGAGGGAAGAGGCGCAGGACGAUGUGUAUGAGGAUGAGAAUGACGACGAGGAUCAGAUUGCAACGGAUCUGACGAUUCGGAUCGGAAGAAUGAUCAUCUGUGAGAAUGUCACCGGGUUCUUCCGGCCGCAAUAUGCUGAAGAGCUGGGCAAGCUUUUGUCAGAGAGCUUCACUCCAACAUCGUCUGUUGCUGGUCAAAGAGCGCCGCAUUCUUCUGCACUCUUGUCAGCAGAGCAGAUGCCGUCACUGGCGCCGUCGCUAAAUCUACUCCUAGGUGGUUCAUUAUCAUUGCAUCAGAACAAUGACAUCGAACCACCACAGCUACCCUCCAAGCUCGAAGCAGAAGCCCUGUUUCAGCGGUAUUUGGAAGCUGUGAGCCCACUGGCACAUGUCUUGCACAUUCCCUCGUUCAAACGAAUGUUUGAUCGUUUCUGGCUGAACAUUGAAAUGGGAAGUCCAAACCAAAACUCAUGCACCGCCCUGAUUUUGGCCGUGUGCAUGGCAGCGGCAGCAUCUGUGUCGCCACUACAAGCAAAAUCGCAGUUUGGCAUCACAAAAGAGGACUUGUUCUUGAGGUUGCAAAAGGCGACUGAAAGAGCUCUGCUACGAGCCAAUUGGGCAAAGACGUCGAACAUCAGAACGCUCCAAGCACUGACGAUAUACUUGAUACCCCUCUGUAGGGCCCAAAUAUCCCGUGCAACCUCGGUCGUAGUGGGCGCCCUCGUCCGUCUCGCCCAAUGCAUUGGCAUCCAUCGCCUCUCGCACAGUUCCGCAAAUAGCCUAACCCCUCUCCAACGCCAUGUGCGCUCCCUCUUAUGGUAUCAAAUCUGCUUCCUCGACUUCAAAACGGCCGAGGCGCAGGGCCCCCACCCUUCAAUCCGCAGUGAUGACUUUGACAUUGCGCUUCCCCUCAAUGUCGAUGACGACGUGUUUGAAUUCGGGAGCUCAUCAUGGCAACAGCAUCCUUCUUCCUCAAACGGAUGGACAGACGUGACUUUAUCCCUGAUACGCUACGAGGUGAAUGAAAUCCACAGACUCAUCUUCCGCGGUAGAAUCGAAAUGGACCGUAAACACCUCACCCUCCAUGACCUCCGCGCCCGCGUCGAAGCCCGCAAGAAAAUGAUUCAAAGCAAAUACCUCCAAUACCUCGACGCCGGCGUGCCCAUCCAGCGGUACGCAGGCCUCGUCGCAACCCUCCUCAUGGCCCGCUGCGACUCCAUGCUCCUCUACCGCCACCUCCCGCAGACCACGCUAUCGACACGCUCCGACUCUGAAAACCGGCUGCGCGACGUGCUCCUCAGCGCGGCCCUGACCACGCUCGAAAUCGGGGCCACGCUGGACACGCUGCCGAGCCUGAGCGCCUGGGCCUGGUACUCGACCACCUACCAGCAAUACCACGCCGUCCUCCUGCUCCUCACCGAACUCUACCGCACCCCAGAUCUGCCGCGCAAAGACCGCAUGGCCACCAUCAUCGACCACAUCUUCGGCCACUGCUACGGCGUCGGCGUGCGCGAGCGCUGCUCCGAUCUCCUCUGGACCGUAAAGGAGAACCUAGAGGCCUUUUACGUUAUGAAGGGCUUCAAUCGCAAAAGAGCUCAAAUGGCUCCCCAGCAACAUCCUACCCUCCAACCCCUCCCUUCCUUUGGCUCCGUCACAAGUCCCGGCUUCGGCGCCGCCGUGUCCGCCAAUUCCCAGGCUAAUAACGGGACGGGCGCCGGGUCCGCAUCGCUGCAGGGACGCAUGCAGCGAACGAAUACGUCGGGGGCAAUGGAUGCGUUGAAUGUCGACUUUGAUGCCCUGCUGGGUUCGCUGAAUGGAGGGGGCGGAGGAGGAGGUGGUGGUGCCGGUCAUGCAUCGGAUGAUCUCGACUUCUUUACGAGUAUGGGUGGGGCGGGCCAGGAUGCAGGCGCGAUCUUUGUGCCGGUUGAUACGGGAGCGCAGGGCGGUCACGCAGGGGAUUUUGGCACUGCGAGCCCAAAUGGCGGGUUGCAGCAAUGGGAGAAUUGGAAUUUCCCACAGCAGCCGCAAAAGUAUGAGUAA